AUGAAAUAUAUAAAAACAUAGUCUAUAUUAUUCCUUUAUGGAUUAUUUGAUAGCAUUAAAUUCAUGAAAGGAAUAAGAUGGUAUGCUUUAGAUCCUUAGGAGAAAUGUUGUAUUGAAAUUAAAAGAUAUUUAAAACAAGCUAUAGAAUUUGCAAGCAUAAAAUUAGCUAUCAUUUUUCUAAUUGACUUGCUUGUAUAUUUUUUGUCAUUAUUAUCUUUUCCCAAACUGAUAUUAUUGUUGAUUUAAAUUAUACCUGUACUAUUGUACCUAGAAAAUAAUAUUCGAUAAUUGGUUUAUGUUGGAAAGAUUACUUAAACAGCAAUAUAAUAUGAAACAAAUGUGAAAUAGAAUAGACAAUUUUUUAUUUACAAUUUAAAAAGAGACAAUAAUGUAGGAUUCUCUACUAUAAUUGAUCAAAUUAAAUUAACCUUGUAAGCUUUACUUUUCAGUUUAUUAUUAUUACUUCAAACUUCAUUAUUUGACAUUUUAGUAAUAAUUUUGCCUGAAAAUACAAUAAUCUCAUUAAUAAUUAAACACGUCGAUUAUUUACUUUAUGCAGUGUAUAUAACAACAGGUUAUAUAUCAUUAAAGAUUCCAUACUAAGAUCAUUUGCCUUAUUAUUUACAUAUUUAUAUAGGAUAUUUAAUAGGCUAUUCAGUUAUAUUAUCCUAUUUUUUAAAUGUUUAUUUCAGUUUUCCAAAACUCGGUAUAGUUUUUUCAAUUUUAUCUCCAAUAUGUUUAUUAAGAGAAUUUUAGAUAGAUGCUCCCUUAAUUACAGAAAUAGAAGAGAAGUCUUUUAGCGAAAGUAUACAAUUAAUCUAUUUUAGAUAUUGAUAUAUUGAUAAAGAAUUUUUUAGGAGAAGAGGGUAUUCCUAGAAUAUCAUAUGAACAGCAUUUGAAAAUGGCAGAGAAUGAUAAAUUAUAUAAGACUAAAUUAAGAAAAACUAUUGGAUGGUUCACACUAGCUAGAGGAUUAAGACCAUAUGUUAUAAAUCCAUUGAAUAAAGCGAUUAUUCUAUUUAUGAAGGUAUACAAUUCUUUGAUAGGAAUUGCUUGA